AUGAAGAAGAACUCUACCCCUGGCAAGGAUGGCAUUGACUAUUUGAUGUUGCAUCAUCUUCCGCCUUCUGCGAGAAUUCUCCUACUCCGAUUUUUCAACCAGUUACUGCAGGAGGGGAAUCCACCAUCUUGUAUGAAGACUUCUUUCAUCGUACCGGUUCCUAAGAAGAAUUGCCCUGCCAAUGUCUCCACCAGCUAUCGGCCCAUCACAAUCACUCCGUGCAUUACAAAGAUUUUUGAAAGAAUGGUAAAGGAGCGGAUUGAAAAAUCUAUUGAGGAGCAGUUGAACAGAGCUCUCACUUUCGGUUUUCGGAGAGGGAGAUCUAUCUCCGAUUGUCACACUCUUCUGACCGGUCAUAUAUACCGAGCAUUUAACAGGAAACAGUUCACUCUGGUUAUCUUUCUCGACGUCUCUAACGCAUAUGAUUGCGUUGAUCUGGGCAUCCUUUGGCAAGACUUGCUAGACGUCGGAAUACACAGGAACCUAUGUAACCUGAUAUAUCAACUAUACCGUCAUAGAUCAGUGGUAAUUACAGGAUCUUCCGGAACAGAGUUCAGGAAAAACGUGACCAAUGGCCUUAUUCAGGGCUCACCCCUGAGUCCCCUUCUUUUUCUGCUGUACUCAUUGUGCCCACCAAACUUGUUGGCACAUAGUGUUCACCUUAUACAGUAUGCAGACGACUUUGCGCUGCUCUGCUCGGGGAAGAAUGUCAACCAGAUGGUUGACCUAAUUAAUACAUGUCUGAUUGGUUUGAAUAACUGGCUAAGGGCACGCAAUCUCAAAAUUAAUGCCCUAAAGUCAGCAGCUAUUAUUUUCUCCAAAAGUAUAAUUCCCAUUAAUGUGAACCCUAUUACUAUUGGCUCACAAACCAUUGAAUGGAAGUCUCAGGUGAAAUAUCUGGGGGUCACUUUUGACCAAAAACUUAAGUGGGGUAAACAUAUAGACCACAUGUGUGAUAAGGCUAUAUCCCAAUCAAAAAUCAUCAAGAGCCUCUGUCGACCCUCAUGGGGUUCACACCCCUCUACGUUGCUUAACGUCUAUAGGGGACUUGUCAGGCCGCACUUGGACUUUGGUGGGAUUUUGUAUGGUAGGUGUGCCAAGAUGCAGUUGCUGAAGUUAGACAGAGUGCAGUUUUCGGUUAUUCGAACUGCACUCGGACUGAUGAGAUCAUCCCCAACCAAUGUUAUACUUGCUGAAAGUGGAGAACUUCCCCUCCAAUCGAGGAGACUAUGGCUGGCUCUGAAAUAUGUAACAAAAAUUUUUAGAUUUUCCAAUCACCCUCUACUGCAAGUGAUAGGAGACCCAAGUGAGCUGGAAGACCUGUGGUUUAAUGGCACAAUUCCCGGCUAUAUAGAAGCUUGUAAGGUCUUAAAAAAUAGGAGAAAACUUAUUUGGAGUGCGCAAUAUCUUCCUUAUUUUCUAACGGAGAUCAAGAUUCUCACCGACAAAUUCAGUGGAUAUACUGACAUUUACACGGAUGCCUCCAAAUCUCGUGACCCUGACUCCGUCGGAUAUGGGGUAUGGAUCCCGACUAGAGCAGUGAAAGUGUGCGGCAGACUUCCAGAUCACUGGUCUGUCUAUACCGCUGAAACAUAUGCGAUAUGCAGGGCCGUCCAAAUGAUCAUAGAUAGGAACCUCACCAGAGCGGUGAUUAUUUCUGAUGCUCUAGGAGUUCUCAAUAAGUUAAAACAUGGAAACAUUAAUGCCAACAUUGAUAUCGUAACAGUUAACACCUUGAUAUUGUUGGCGAGAGCAAGAUCUUUGGGGAUGAGAGUUGCUCUGAUGUGGAUACCGCCACUCAUAUCAAAUGAAUCUACCAUUAAAGACAUAAUCGAAAUGGCAGAAGAGUGGAGCAAAAAAUUUCCUCAAUCCAACGACAUAAUCCUCAAAACUAAAAUAGGAUACCUACUGAAGACAAACAAAGAUAAAAAAGAAGUAGUAGAAGCGCUAGAAGACAUGAUGAAAAAGAAAAUUAUAACAAAAUUCAACGAAACAAAACCUUACAACAAACCAAAAGAGAGAAACGAACCACAAAAAACAUUCUCAGUAGUGAUUGCAGGGAUAGAAAUAUGUCAUUGUAAAGAAACAUUGUUAUUGAUAAUUAUUGGUAUCAUGAGUGAAGAAGGUGUAUCUGAUAUUGAUAAAAGAGCAGCCGAAGUAGGUGAAGAAUUGUUACCACCGAAAUCUAGAAAACUAUACGAGCAGCAGUACGAUGCUUUUAAAAAGUGGUGCCGCUUAAAAAAUGUGAGACAACCUACUGAAAAUGUGCUGAAAUAUUUACCCAGUACAUAA